AUGCCGUCGUACCCUUAUCCUCCCUCACCGUAUUCCGCUGCAUACUGGUCUCAAUCUCAAGAUCAAAAUUACAGAAUCAGUCUCCAGUUGCCCCCAACUCGCCCGCACGUUGUCUUCACCUAUACGGGGCACACCAGUACGGACAACGUCUUCACUAACAUCUUGCCAAACCGAACCUCUUUCGUCGCAUGGGAUUCUUUUGCCUCCGCUGUUCAACAAGCCAGGGAUGACAAUGCCGAACACAACACUAAUUUGUCGUCUGAAGAAUUGCUACAGGUGAUGGUCGCAUUCGUAGCCGCUCAUAGAAACCUCACCAGGCAAGUGGAAAUCACAGACGAGGCCUCUGUCUCCGGCCUCGUUUACGACGCCUAUUGUUCCGUCGCAGAAAUCCACGGACUUCUGGACAACGCGAAUACAAGACUUCGAACCGCCCAUCGCGCACAGUUACCUUCCGCCUUGUUUCGUUUCGGCGGUUCCCCAACAAUCGACUUCGUUUUCAUGGUUUCGGACCUCCUCCUCGCUGAUGUCCGGUCUCGCCAUCGCCUCGUGGCCGUUGAAUUCAAAAGAGCCAGAUUCCCGCUCACUGCCAGGGGUGUGGUACCCAACACCCCCGCCCAUCUAGCUCAGCUACAUAACACAGACUACAAAAGUGGCGCACCGGCGUGGUACAUCAGAAUGAUGUCACAGGCUCUUACAUAUGCGAUGCACACCAAGAACGGAUGUGUUAUCGUAACAAAUCACAACCACGCCAUGUUCAUGAAGGUUGAACCCACACAGAACCACACCGAUAUAUGGAAGCUCCAGGUGAAGGUUUCCAAACUCUACAAAUGCAACGCUCUGGCCAGCUCCUUCCACGCUGUUCUGGCCAUUCUACGAAAGAGCAUUGCGGCCGAAGAUAUAUCCUCCUCCUUGAAAGACGCUUUCAGACAGUUGCAAGGUCAACGUCUCCCCGCUCGGCGUACUCGUAGUCAGACCAGAUCUGCCACAUUGCCCCGGAGAAGGUCCUUGAGGUCUGCGAGCCGUCGUUCUGGUUCUGGUUCUGCCUCUUCCACGGCGCCUCCUGUCCGUACAGUAUAUGACGCAACUCCUCAGCCUCAACAUGUCGACUCUGCUGCUGAAACCGUGCUCGCGUCGCUCUACCAGCCACAGCUCAUUCGCGAACUGAUGGAAAGUUCUGACAACAUCAUCACGGCUGACGGACACUCAGCUGUCUUGCGUAGCCGGUACAAUGAGCUGGACGUAGCCGUGAAGUAUUGGAACUGCGCCACGAGGCUUGGUCUACGGAUGCUAUUGAACGAGAUUGACGUGUACGAGGAAGUGGUGUCGAAACACUCACACUUGCUGGGCACAGUGUUGCCUCGCCUCGUUGCUCUUUGGAAGCAGCCGCCGACAGACGCUGUGAUUGUCUCAGAAUACGUCGGGGAAGCUUUGACAAGGCGGACUGACAGUUCCGCAAAAACGGAACUACUCCUUGGAAGCAAAGUGUUGGAUACUAAUGACUGUCGCCUCCUUCAAGAUGCCGCUUUCGAGGCGCUUGAAAAGCUUCACAGCACUGGGCUGCGGCAUAGGGACGUGCACGAAAGGAACAUCAGAGCAACGCGUGAGGUGGGUGAACGGGGUGAUGUCAUAUGGAAGGUAUGGUUCAUUGACCUUGGCCUUGCUUCCCUUUCCGGAAACUUGGAUGAAGCCGCACAAGAUGAAGAUGAGCUCUGGAGGGCCACGUACUACAGUGGUCCCGCGCUAUAAAAACCACCCCGUGCAUUCGUCCUUGGAGUGUUUCUUAUCAAGGCGUGUCUCUCAAAGCGCCGGCCAAUCAUAUCUUCAUUCUUUAAUUUUUUCAAAAAUGAAGAAUGAAUAGCGCUCGUACGCAUUUUUGCUCCCAGAUCUCAUCCCUCGGACGAACCCCUGUGCCGCAGACCUCAGCGUGCCUCUUACCGAGGCGUGUUUAAUAAAGAUGGGUUUAAUAU